CUAUAAAAGCCAAAUCGCCUACUAUUAAAUCCAAGAAUUGAUGUUUUUAUUAAGUAUCUAGUGGUGCAUGCGACAAGGAAAGACAAUGGCAAGCAUUGAAGCCACCAUCAACUGAGCUUCAUUUAAGCCAAGACCUGAACUCUCACCCUAUCCCCACCUCAUUUAACUCCCCCUAUCUGAGCUCUCCUAUGUGAUUCAACCUAAAAGUUUCAUACACGUGAACCUGCCUCUGCACACCCCCCUCCCCUCCCUCUCUCAUGACUCCUAUUCAAACUCCAUUCAAAUGAUAGCAAUAACUGCCCUCUCCCUCCUCAUGACUCCAGUCAUCAGAGACCAGCUCUUGAAGACAGUCCCUUUCAAAUGACACCCAUAAAUGAAGGCCCUGCCAUUUUAUCAAUAUCAAUGGCAACAUCCAUUUCUCUUCCUCCUCACCAUCUCUAUAACUUUUAUUGGUUUAAUUUCACAAGAAUUCAUGUGAAUCUUCCGAGCAAUGCUCGUGGAUCAUGUGAAGCACAUAAAAGAUCCUCCGCGCCGUUCAUUUAUGAUGCACCUUGCUCCAACCUUAAUAUAUAUGAUCAAACCCCACCGUCCCUCACUCCCAUGUUCUUGCCCUUCUUUUUAAAUGGUUUCGCUUUGCCACCUCCUCCCUCCCUUUAUGAAUGCUAUUCCACUGGAUAGGCCAACACUUUGGACUGUAGGACUUGGGUGGCCAGGACUAAUGAGGAAGUGCACCCACACUAGAGUGUGGGCUACGUUCCUUCUAACCUUUCUUUUGUUGGUUUCUGCCAUGGGUGAAAGUCUUGGAUUGGCCCCAGAUGCUGAAACAAGCUCAAAUGGUCGAAGAAUCUUGAGGGAACAUAAGAAUCAGAUGAUGCCCCAGAAGCAGGUCGACAACAAUCACCUGAAGGGACUCUUUGCAACUGGUUCGAGCUUGCCUGAUUGUUCGCAUGCAUGUGGGCCAUGCUUUCCAUGCAAAAGGGUUAUGGUGAGCUUCAAAUGCUCAAUCGCUGAGUCAUGCCCGAUUGUCUACCGAUGCAUGUGCAAUGGAAAAUACUAUCAUGUGCCUUCCAAUUGAUAUGCAUGUUAUAUUACAUGCAUUAGGACUGCAAUUCAGAAGGAAUCCAUGAGUUAUCUUUUCUUUUUUUUUUUUUCCUAAAAAAAAGAAUCUCUUCUCUACUACUAUGUUGGAGGAUUAGGAUAGAACUGAUGAAGGUAGAGAAGUGUAAUAGGGGGAUCUUGUAAAUGAUGAGCUUGUGAAAUUGGUAAUGGUGUAGUUGGUGCUUUGAUUUUUGAGAUAUUGAAGUUUUUCCCCUUUAAUAUAAUGCUUGUUUUAGAA